AUGUCUCAUAACACCAAAGGAGUUGUCAAGAAUGCCUUGCCCGAAUACCCAUCCAAAUACCUACCCAAACACCCCUACGAUACAGUUUUGAGACUAACAUCAAGUAGUCCCCGGACAUGGCGCAGGCUAUUCCACCUGCUACAGUCCGUGACAGUGUUGAUUGUUGAGCCAACAAUCCACGAUGAUGCCGAAGCCACCGAGGCCGAGGCCAAGAGAAAUCAGACGCUGAGAGCCCAGUUAAGGGUUUUGGAGCAGCAGCUCUGUGGCACGGAGGCACGAAGUCGUGAUUCAGUUGGGAGACUACCAAUCAGCAAAUUCUGCACAGGGCUUGCAGUUGUGUCGAAGCCCCAGUCCCAGGAAAAGACGGGAAAUAUCGACCCGGAACUUGGCAGCCAUUGA